CACACGCACGCGAAUGGCCAACGACGAAAUAUGUAGGCUGCUAGUAAAUGGAGGAUCAGUCUUCGGGUUCAACCUACAAAAUAUAGCUUACUUGACAAUCAUCACAUACUUCGUACAAAUGGUGUGAAGGACCUCUUUAAUUUAACAUCAUGGAUUGGACUAUUGGGAAGGAGAGAAUUCCCUCAUGUAAUAGUGAACUGCCUAAGGCCUCAAAGAAUGCCUCCGGAACCAACCUCACUAUCAAUCUGAAUGAAAUGCUCAGAUCAAAAGCUGCCGUGGAAAGGAAGCAUGUUCCAAUCCGCCCACCCAACCCAAGAGCCCCUGCACCCAGGGAACUGGAGUUUAGUCGAGGACUUUCCUGUGAGCCCAUGCCCAAACCCAUUAUCCGAAGACGUGCACGAUCUCUGUCCUCCUCCACAGAGUGGAAGAGGCACACUCGUAAUGUUGGGGUGCGUUUUGUAGACUGUCUGGGCCUGGACCUAGAGGACGUUAAGGUUUUCAAAACCGGAGAGGAUCCCUUUGUGCCACAACAUGUCUCCUUCAGGCUUUUGAUGGGUGCAGAGCUGGCUGGGGGGAAGAACUUGGAAAUCUCGCUGCCGUAUCUGAAGCCGGUGUUCCCUCAGCAACCCGGUGAUCGACCUGAAUUCUUCAGCCGCCUGCGCCAGCAGAGGGUCUGUCUGGAGAGGGUUUUGUGCUUUGACCUGGGCAUCAUCGGGAUCACUCAGGUCCUCAACCUCCAUUUUGAGAAAGAGGUGAGCGUGCGCUAUUCAUUCACAGGAUGGAGGUGCAGCUCAGAAACCAAGGCCUCCUGGGUAUCCACCACCUGCAAGUCCUGGGAUGGAACGCAGGAGCAGCUCAAUUGUGACACCUUUCGUUUCCACCUGCCUGUUCCUCCCUUCCUGCUACCUGGAGCUGCUUUGGAAUUUGCUGUCCGAUACAAAGUGUCCGGGAAAGAGCACUGGGACAACAACGAGGGGCAAAACUACAAGUUGGUCUGCCAUAGCUACAAGCUGACUGUGCCCAAGGAGUGUGAGCAUAGCAUGGUGCACUUUAUUUGAGCUCAUUCAACAAGGAGCAUUUACUGGUUGCUCUCAUAAGUUCCAAUGAAUAAUUUGGCCAUAAGGUCAAAACCAUCAGACCUGAGAGACAGCAGUAGUGUUCAGAAAAAGGCAGAUCUGGUAUAUAUGAAUAACAUGUUAUUGGAGCACUCAGCAAAUAGAGAACCACGUCAUGGUUGUCUGUGACUGGUGGAAGCCAUGUUUAUUAUUCAUUCAUACACAUUUAUUUUAACAGAGCACACCUAUUAGUAUUGGAGUGCAUGUUUUCAAAUGCAAAUGCACUUUAUUAUAUACAGUGCCUUUCGGAAAGUAUUCAGACACCGUGACUUUUUCCACAUUUUGUUACAUUACAGCCUUAUUCUAAAAUGGACAUAAAUCUGCACUCAAUGCCCCAUAAUGACAAAGCAAAAACAGGUUUUUAUCAAUUUGAGCUGGCCUCCCGGCCAAACUGAGAAAACGUGGGAGAAGGGCCUUGGUCAGGGAGGUGUCCAAGAACCCAAUGGUCACUCUGAUAGAGCUCCGGAGUUCCUCUCUGUGGCACUCUACCAAGCAGGCCUUUAUGGUAGAGUGGUCAGACGGAAGCUACUCCUUAGUAAAGACGCGUGACAGCCCACUUGGAGUUUGCCAAAAGGCACCUAAAGACUCUCAGACCACUAGAAGCAAGAUUCUCUGGUCUGAUGAAACCAAGAUUUAACUCUUUGGCCUGAAUGCCAAGCGUCACGUUUGGAGGAAACCUGGCACCAUCCCUACUGUUAAGCGUGGUGGUGGCGGCAUCAUGCUGUGGCAAAGUUUUUCAGACGCAGGGACUGGGAGACUAGUCAGGAUUUAGGCAAAGAUGAACGAAGCAAAGUACAGAGAGAUCCUUGAUGAAAACCUGCUCCAGAGCACACAGAACCUCAGACUGGGGCGAAGGUUCACCUUCCAACAGGACAAUGACCCUAAGCACACAGCCAAGACAACGCAGGAGUGGCUUUGGAACAAGUCUCAAUGUCCUUGAGUGGCCCAGCCAGAGCCCGGACUUGAACCAGAUCUAACAUCUCUGGAGAGACCUCAAAAUAGCUGUGCAGGGACACUCCCCAUCCAACCUGACAGAGCUUGAGAGGAUCUGCAGAGAAGAAUAGGAGAAACUCCCCAAAUACAGGUGUGCCAAUCACUGCCAAACAUGCUUCAAAAAAGGACUGAGUAAAUAGUCUGAAUACUUAUGUAAAUGUGAUAUUUCAGUUCUUCAAACCAGUUUUUGCCGGGUCAUUAUGGGGUAUUGUGUGUAGAUUGAUGAGGGGGAAAAAACAAUUGAAUAUAUUUUAGAAUAAGGCUGUAACAAAAUGUGGAAAAGUCAAGGGGUCUGAAUACUUUCCGAAGGCACUGUAUACAGCACUUGUUCAGAUUAGACUGACACAGAGUACACAUUUCACUGUGGCAAUGUGCCUCUGGAUAAUGCACUUACUUUAUGGUUUCUACUUGUCGGAUGUUCUAAAAUCAUUUGGACUUUGACUCUGGUCCUCGGAACUAGCCAUGCUUGCCAGGUAACUGGUAGAGAUUAAUUCAUAAAACGAAAUAAAGAGUUUUCAUCUUCAAGAGAAGAUCAGCCAAGCAUUUAAACUAUGCAACCAAGCAGCUUUUAGUUCAAAUAUUACUCAUGAUAUAAAUUGAAAAUAUUUAGCUACUAACAAAAUAAAUACACUGUUUAACUGGUAGUACUUAGAAAAAUGAAUACUAUUGUUUCUUGUUCUUUUUACAUUAAAGCACAGUUGAUGAUACAAACCUCUGUUGUGAAUUAUU